AAAAAACAACCAAAAACUGAACGAUUAAGUGAGAGAGCCGAGGAGUGGAAACUUGUCACGUCUGCGUAGGGGGUAAGUGGCUUCACUUCAAUAAACUAGUGCAUCGCGAAGAUAAAGAAAAAAGUGCUUUAGUCGAUUAGAAUAGAGCUUACCGUGUGUUCGCAGCUCUGCUCCGGUGGCUCUCUGGUUUAACGGAGCUGAAAUGAUCCAACGUGGGAAAGGAUGCCGAGGUUCAUCAGAGCUCAACAUGAGUCCUCUCUGCUCCUGCGUGUCCACCCUUUUGAGGAGAUGUGAUAGAUGUCUACACAGUUUCCUGAGUAUGCAUCCCUGUGUGUGGCUCUGUAUACAGCCUCUCUGGCUAUCGAUGUGGCCUCGCCCACUGUCAGCCCCCAUUGAACCCCUUGGUCCAAAAUGGAGUAGGCAUAGGGUGAUCCCGAGCCCACGGAGAAGAGGGUUCCCUGCAGGCGAGUACCAUCACUGCACACAUAGUACAGACUGGGUCCAGAGAAACUCACUUUCUUUCUAGUAAAGCACUGUUGACCAACAAUUGUUGAAGAAGUGCUCUGAGCCAGAGCGGCCUUUUCAAGACUUGUAUCUACAGACUUCCCAAGAUCAGCCAUUUGCCUCUUUGUUGUUUCUCUACGACCGCUGAGAUCAAUCUUUGCACCUCCAUGGUCAUGGCAUUCAUCUACCUCUCCUCCGUCCCACCCACACAACGUGGCAGCCACACACAGCUCGGUUCCCUUAAACGGGUGUAGCAUGUGGGAAAGCAAUUUGGCAGCUCCGCUCGUGGACAACCGUCGGCCGUGGCGGAGUUGGUAGAGCCGCAGUUCUCGAGCCAGAAUCCGUUUCCAAAGGGCACAGUCGGCCGAAGUACCUGAAGUAGUGCCCACCAAGUGACUGUGAACAGGCAGGAUCUUCUGGGCGGCUGGGCACGCCACGAGCCCAGAGCAACUGGAACGAGUGUCCGCUGCAGCCAACACGCCGCCCUGAAAGAUGAAGGCCAGGGUGGUGGUGCCGUGAGACAUGGGGAAAGGCAGAGGGACAGACUGAGAGGAGGCCAGAGGAAGGCAUGUGGGCAAGGAGAGGGAUGGUAAGAUGGAGUCUUGAUAUGAGACAGUGCUGGAGCUCUGGACAGUGCUAAUUUGCCCAAAUUGUAUCGGGCUUUCAUUCAGGUACUCUGCAACUGGUAUGUAAAAAUUGAACAGACUUGUUCUGUUGCUAGAGGGCAAACCACUUACAUAGUUACAAUCUGUCUUCUUUCCAGCAAGCACGGAAGAACAUUCGGUGGUUAUACUGUCCAGAAAGAUGUCCUGGAAAUUGCACAGGUCCUGUAAAGCCAUUGAAUGAUUUUUUUUUUCUUCUCAAAAAUACCCCUCUCUUAUCAAGUCCAAUCAAAAAAUGAAUAUGAACUGCCUGACAAAGGUUUGUAUGCCACCUAGAGUUGUAGAUGGUAGAUUUUAGCAUCAGUCACCCUUUAUAUAGAUAACAAGACAGCGUUCAUCUAUGUGUGGUCAUCUAAACCCAACAGCAACAGUUACUAAUGCCUCAUUCCCUUUGACUUUGAAGCAUAAAAAGUCAGUAGCCCAUGGGUAAUUAAUUUUGGCUGCUGUAUCAGGUUGUUUUUCAGAUCAGAUUUCUUCAAAGUCUUGUGUGGGAGUAGGCCAAAUAGGACGCAGGGUAAGGGCACGGCUUCGGCUCGAGCACAUCAAAUUAAGUUAGACUCUGAGCUUUGAUGCAUCACUCCCAUGAAAAGUUCCCUCAUAGAAUCAGGAAUAAAAUGCAUCAAACAACAUUUUUGUUGUGCAGCAGAGUCAAUUUAGCCAAGCCCUUUAGGUACUGUAGCCCUUUAAAAGGCAAUUCGUGCAAACUGCUGAACUUGCAACACCAGUAUAUCAGGUAAUGCUGCAUCACAUGGGAUGUAUGCUCGUACAACUGCCACCUGUUUAGGAAGUACUCUGCCAUGUGCCAACAACUGACGGCCAACAUUAUUUUACUAACUUCAUUUGUCGAAUAAUGUUUGUUUUUAUCUUUUAAUUCAGCCAAAAAAAAUGAACGUGUUACACUCAAUCUUUUGUGGAUAUGUCUUCACUGCUGCUAUUAUAAUGGGACAUUGUGUGUUACAAGCCAUUUCAACCUCUCCAUCCCAGACUGGUGAGAGCCCGCCUGACAAUUUCAUAGGGUUUGACUCAGCCCCUGACAAAGUGAUAGACGGCUCAGUGGUCCGUGUGCGGCAUCGUUGCUCCAGGCCGUGUCAGCUCGCAGUGGAAGUGGUGGUGUCUACAUUAGGGGAGACAGAUUUAGUGGUCUUCAGGAGGAAAUGGUUUAGCAGCACACCCCGAGUCUACACGAUCCAACAGGUGCCACUCAGAUUGCCUACAUCCAUUUUAUAUCAACGCAACUUUUUCAACAGGCGCGUCUUAGACGCCCAGAAUGUGACAGUUCGUGCUUGGUUAGGCCAUCUUAACGAUGGCAGGGAACCUGGGACAUACCAAUGCUCCAUGUUGAGGAUUUAUAAAGUGCUACAGAUAGAGCCACUCUCAGAGCGUCCAACUAAACCUCCCGCUGAGUGCCCUUCAUGGCCUGCUCAACUGAUGUGGCAGAUUAUCAGAAACAGAAUUCAUCAUUGUCCACAUGAGUCAGACGUAAUCGAUAUGCUGAAGUUCCCCCUGGCAAGUCCCGGUGAGCAUUUUGGAGUGGUACGCAGGUUCCAGCCUUUUAUUGACAGAGCCCUGGAGAGCGCCCGUCUUCAUGCUGUGACACAGCCCAGCGUCACAUUAUCUGUGUGGAUCUACCUACUAAAAUGGUGUCACAAGAAGCUCUGUGGGAUCAUCCAUCACAUGGAUAGGAAAAAUGUAUACGACUCGGCUCUGAUGCAGCUUACAGACACAGGGAACGUCAUAUUUCAGGCACGUGUGACAACAGGAGAAGAUGAAGCUUUCCGAACCAGUGUAGUGUUGCCCCGGUGGAAAUGGAUUAGAUUGGACUGUUACAUACAGGACUCCAAGGUGCUGCUGGAUGCAACGUGGGAUGAUGAAACCCGCAGAUAUGAAUAUGAAUUUCAGGACAGUGUCCAUUACGAUGACACUGAUGGAUACUUUGUGAUUGGAGGAAGCAGGUACAUGCCAGGCAUCCAUGGGUAUUUUGGGCCUACCAGGUACUAUCGUUUUGGAACUGAAGAGGUUAAAAACCAACUUCACCCCGAGUCAACAUUACUGCAGCUGGAUAAGACCCAUCAGCAGUGUCAGGAAAUGAAAGCAUUUACACAAGCUUUUCUCCAAGAAGUAACUGCGAGUCAAGUCGCGUCACCAAUCAACACAGAUGCCUGUACCCCUCACUUCAUAAGACUGUGGGCUCAGUCUGGAGAGAAAAUCUGCAUCCAAACAUGGACCUGGGAAAAACAACUUAAAUACAGCACACUUUUUCAUUUCUUGCAAACAAAAGAGGAGGAAUUCAGAGCAGGAUCUUUGGGCAUGAAGGACCUCGGGAGUACUUUAUUUGAGCAGGCAGUUGGUUCAAUGUUCACUGUGGAUCAGGCACAGUGUAAAAUCACAUUCAAAUCAAUGGCUCUGCUUCAAGUAUCCUCCUGCUUUGGAAAUCACAAAGCGUCUCUGCUGUUGGCUACUAUCCACCUCUCGGGCCUGGGCCACUCAGUCGAUCAUCAACAGGGUCAUGUCUAUAGUUUGAUUGGCGCAUCGGGGGACAAUCGUUUUGCCCUGAUGCAUGCUGGGUACAAGCACACACAAGGAAUUGAUGGGUUUCCAAAAGACUUGGACAUGGCUUACAGCUACUAUUCCAACGCUGGGGCACAGAGCAACAUUGAUAGUUUCAGGAUACAUGAAAAUGAGCAACACACACUUGAACACAUCUAUCUGAGCAAUCAAGAGGAUUUAAACAGCCUCACACAUGACACAAGUGACGUCUUUCAAUAUCUGAAAUACAAAGCAGAGAAAGGGGACAUAGAAUCUCAGAAACGCCUGGGAACAAUGCUUUACUGGGGACAACGAGGAGUCUCAAAAGACAUAGCGAGUGCGAUGAAGUGGUUUGAAAGAAGUGCUAUGCAGAUGAAGGAUCCUUCAGCAAUGUACGACUACUCCAUCCAACUGAUGAAGGGCCAGGGAGUGAAAAGAAACUACACCCGAGCUUUUAUGCUGCUGACGAAGGCUGCAGCGAUGGGCUCAAUUAAUGCCCUGAAUGGUCUUGGCUGGUACCAUGGGGUCAUACUGAAUGACCACAAAAAUGCAGUGAAAUACUUUGUGCAAGCAGCGCUAAAUGGGAGCGGUGAUGGCAUGUUUAACCUGGGAAUUUAUCAUCUCAGCGGGAAAAACCCGGACAACCCUUGGAGGAAUGAGACGGCUGCGCUAAUGCAGUUUCUGAAUGCGUCUCGGCUAGGUCAUGUAGCUGCAUCAGUGGAGGCAGCUUGGUACCUUUCGACAGGAAGCCUGGAAGGGCUGUCUCGAGAUGUGGAGAGGGCUGUGAUAAUGCUAAAAAAGGUCUGUGAACAGAAUGGACACCUUGGAUUUAUGGUCAGAACUGCUCUCCAGGCCUACCUCCAGGGCUCUAGGCAGGAAGCAUUUGUGAAGUAUGUUUUGGCAGCUGAAACAGGUCUGGGUUUGGCCCAGAGCAAUGUUGCACACCUGUGCCAGGAACUGAAUCUCAGUUAUGAUUGUCAAUGGAGAUAUCAUAACUACUCUGUAUUAAACUAUGAUCCCCAUCCAUCCGCGCUGCUGAAAAUGGGAGACCACUACUACUACUCUUCCUCCAGCAAGCGAGAAGACUCAUUAUCCUUGGUUGAUCAGGCCAUGUCGAUGUAUGGCAGAGCAGCUCUAGCAGGAAGCCCUCAGGGGAUGUUCAACUUGGUGGUUUUGGCGCAACAAGGCCACAUUCUUCCAUUGAGCAUCCGUGGCUUGUUUAAUGUGUCACAUUGUGAUGAGCAGGACAUCGUGGUGAAGAUCUUAGAAAGAUGUGUGGAGACUGAGGAAAAAGAAGCAGUAACGCCCUGUUCUCUAGCACUGCUCGGAGUCCAGAUGGGAAAAGCCUUGAGGAGAAUGACUCAGAAUCGUGCACAGCUCCUCCUGGCAUAUGCAUCUCUUCUUUCUGUCGUCGUCAUUAUUGUCAUUGUGCCAUUGCAGAGCUGUCUCAAACACAGGGUUCCCAGUCGCCGAGUCUUUGCACUGAGGGCAAGGACAUCGCCUGUCAGCCAAGAUGGUGUGACUAGAGAGCAAGAUGGCAUCAUGGGAGGAACCUACAGAGCAACAGGGAAUCCAUGGCUUACCAUACUGAGUGGCGAGCAGCGUUUCCGGCAGACCUACGAUUUGGCCGUGACUCUGUCGGGCGUGUGCCUGUGUGCUUCCUGGACCACACUCCUCUAUCAUCUCUUAUGACAUACAAUGCCCAGCACAGUGAUCCAAUAGCCACAGCAAAAGCCUCAGACACUACAUAUUGUAAGAGCAUACAUUUAGAGGAUGAGUUACGCACUGUUCAUGUGACACAUUUGUGUUUCUGUGACUCAUUUGAAGUUAUAAGACAGGAAGGAGGGAAGUGCUGAUCAGAGUGUGAGUGUGCUGCUUUAUCAGCAUGGUGAUAACCAUUUUUAUAUUGUUUUAUUUGUGGAAAACAAAAAUACUUAUCAUGUAGUUCAUUUAAUUAGUGCUGAGUCCGUCCUGCAGUUUAUAUGGUCUCUGGGAUUUGGUGCCAAGGAAGCAGAGUGAAGCUACUCUUAUGCAACGUGUAUGUCCGGUUAAACAUAUUUGAAUAUUUUUUUAUUAUUAUUAAGUCAUUUAUCUUGUGAAAGCACUGUUAAAACUGACAGACACAUUUAAAAGCAUAACGGCUCAUCCACAGCCUCAGUGAUGGAUGUUGAAGGAGAUGCUGGGAUUACAUUUCACUGAAAUUGUACCUCG